CAUCGGGACAGAGCGAGAAAGAGCGCGAGCGCUUUGUGCUGGUUGGUUUUUCGCAUAGACCAGAAAGAGAUGGCUAGUCCAAAAUGUCCAAAAAGGCUGGCGUUAAGAAAAAGCAGAAGCAAAGUGCCGCUGUUGGCUUCAGGCUGAUGAUCUGUUCGCCAAAGUGAUUUUUGUGUUAAUUUUUUUUUGUGUCGGACAAAAUUUUCAAUCCUGAUCAUUCAGUAAUCUAAUUUUGAGUGAAGGAGCAUCGUGUGUUUGUGCAACAUAAUUAAAAAAAUAUAUAUAUCCGGGUUAAGGUUAGGUGUUUCUGUUCCUCUCGCUUGUGCUGGUUGCAUAAAAUGGAAGCAGAAUCGUAUGUGAGACAGUGAACUUUCGGUAGUAAAAAGAAGUUGAAACGUGUUUUGUGUGAAACCUCCAUCAGUGCUGUGGAAGUAAAUUUUUAAAAAGUGAUGCAAAGAAAUUGAGUUAAAAAGUGAUACGUUUUUGAACGUGCAAAAAUAAAGAAGAACAAGUGUUAUUUGAAUUAAUGAGAAAAAGUUCGUGAUAAACAGCAUAAGCAACUAGUGUAAAACUAAGUAAAAAUUGACUGGAAGAAACACGAGAUGCGUUCAAAACAGGUGAAGAAGAAUGGUCGAUUCGUGUCCGCUGGCUGUCGCUGAGAAUGUCCGUCUUUAUUGUGGCACUAACGGCAACUACAGCAGCGGCAAUACCAGUAGCGACGAGGACCAACAUCGAAAGCAGCUGGAAGUGACAAAAAUGAACAGUGCAAAUGUGCUGGAGGCUGAAACAUCGUCACCCGUCGAAAUUAUAGAGGAUAUCUAUCGCAAAGAUCAUCCACUAGGCGAAGUGUAUAUCUUGUCGGAAACCGAAGAAGAUCAGGAGAAUGAUGAGGAACCGGAUGAGAAUGGCUCUAGCGUGAUUGUAAUGGGAGGUUCGUCAAACUGCGACCAGGGAUCAGCUAUCCUUACUAACUGUCAAAGAAAGGAUCUUUCGCAGCAGCAAAAUAAUAAGCAAAACGAUAAACCAAUCGACAACACACUUAAUGACGAUAUUGAGAUAAUAGAACUUUCGUCAUCACCUCCCUUAUUAGACUCGGAUUGUAAGCAGGACAACGAACCAGAAACGAUAAGUAACGAGGCUGGCACACAAUUUGUAAAUAAUAACGAUAGUUCUGGAUUCGCGCACAAACGUACAGACGAUUUGGAUAAGAAAACUGCCAAUAACGUCGCUCUGACGAAUUGCAUAGUAACACGGACGACGCCACAGGAAUCUCCAAAAGAAAAAAGUCCGAAUCCUUCUAAACGGGAAGAGAUGGGUGUUUCAGAGGAGAAUCGAAAAGUCGAACCACUAAAAAUAAAUUUAAACCGGGAACCAAUUCGAACAAUCAUAAAACUUCCGCCGAGUUUGGGAUCUGCAUCGGAUCUGCAACCUUGUUCGCCGAAGAUUACAAUAAAACCUUUGAAACCACCUCCUUCACAGUCACAGGAUUCGGAUGUACCACCAGCUGUUAACAGCAUUCCGAAGUUAACUAUCAAACCUAUCGUGAAUCCUGAAGAAUGCAACGCGAACGCGUCAGCUUCAUCUUCAGAACAGAUGCAAAUCAUUCCCAAAUUGCACAUCAAGAAUCCUCCCUCGGACAGUUCCGGUGCAGACGGAGCUGAGCCACACAUUGUGCCUAAGCUAACGAUUCGCGGCGUCAAUCAUAGCAAUCUGUCCUCUGGAACAUCUGGAAACAACAGCAGCAAUGAGACAAUGUCCGAUUCGACAACGCAGAAUUCUGCCAGUUCAUCGCCUCCGAUGGUUCCUAAGCUAACAAUAAAAAAGGAUAAUCAUCAUCACCACAGCAGUCAUCAUCAUCAUCACCAUCAUCAUUCGCACCACAAUAACCGGGUGGUGGCCAAGGACGAUGAAUCAACAUCGUCGACGACUUCUCCCACGACUUUAAAGCUGCACAUCAAAGCAAUACCGGAACCACCGGCAUCCGUACCGAGCUCCAGUGGAAAUAGUUCCGGCCCUGUGCUCACCAGUUCCGAAGGCGUUAAGUUAACGAUAAAGCCUAUUCCUGAACCACCAUUGCCAAAACUCACUAUCAAAACCAGUUCUCUGGACAGUAGCGACGCCGCGGUUGUUUCAUCCACUAGCAGCAGUUUUUCUCCGAAGCUGGUAUCACCCCCGCCAGCAUCACCAUGCGAUCAGCAUUCGAACAUUACGUCCACCAUUCCCAAACUAACUAUCAAACCUAUUCCCAAACCCCCUCCCUCUGUGCCCCGCGAUCCUGCUGAAGUACCAAUUCCCAAGCUGACUAUCAAACCAAUGCCACCGAAACCGGCUGCAGCUUCAGAAGAUAGCUGUUCAAGUGAAACCAGUAUUAACUCACUAGAAUCCUCACCAAUCUCGUCAUCGUCAUCGUCGGCUCCUAGUUCGAUCAUCAGUUCUCCCUCGGUAGUUCCCAAACUUACCAUCAAAGUUCCAAAAGAAGGGGAUUCCGUCGUUACUUCCCUGCCUCAGCUUACCGCCGCCUUCAGCACUUUCACCGCAACGACUGCAUCAACUACGACACCGUCAAUUCCUGUCGUGACAAAGCUGAACAUCAAGCCUAUUCCUCCGAUGCCCCUCAAAGUGACACCACCUCCACCAGCACCAACAACUUCACCAGCCAAGCAAAAUGUACAACCAUCGAAAGAGCCGCAAUUCACGGUUAACAUCGAUUUCGAGGAGCCAGAACCAAUCAUUAUUUCGAAAAUCACAAAUAAAACUGUUCCUGGAAUGAAAUGCCACGAUUUGGAAUCGCACGAGGCCACAUUGAAAUCGAAGGUGGAUUUCCCGUCAACGACGGCAUCAAAAAUAGCCAACAGAAUCGUUCCUGGCAUAAAGUAUCCCGAAUCAGAAAAGCAUAAAGCCACAUUGAAUAAAUCAUUGUCGAAAGUAGAAUCCCCGUCGUUAACGACAUCAAAAGUCGACCCGUCCAACAGCUCAGAAGGUGGCAACAUUACUAAACAACCACUGGAAGUGACGACCAAUUCUAAAUGCUUGGAUUCCGGUUCCGAAUCGCCCCGGAUAAUCCUUAAAAUUAAUAAAGGUAGUCUGUGUGCUAAGGCGACUACAAUUGCGGAUCCAGUGGUUGGAAAAUCUAUGGAAGAUAAUCUCUCGAAUGAAUUAAAAAGACCAAUGUCAGAAGCUGUCAAAAAAGAAUCAUGCGAGGCUCCGGAGAAUAAAAAAAUCAAAAUGAUUUUCAAUCAUCAGUCUAACACGGGCAUCGCACUAUCCAAACUAUCAAAUUACUUAGAGAACGAUGUGAUAGUAAUAGAUGACGAUAGUAAAUCCGACACUGUUGAAGACACGGCAGAACGCGUUGAAGAACCAACCAUACCCAAACCUCCCCCGCUAACUCAAAUACCUAGAAUAAACUCAAUUCCCCCGGAGACCCAAAAAGCAGCGAUGAUACCGGUGCAGCAGCCAGUUUUCGAAACCGGUAACAAGUUAAAAGAAAUGCUAACAAAAGCCAAACGUCAGCGAAUACCUGCUACAGCAUCACCCCUGCUUGAUUCCGAAUCUCGUCCGAGGCGGGCAGCCGCACUCCAGGCAAUUCCAGCAUCCGUACUAUUGCGCAGAAAUCCGACUGUUGUGCCACCUCUAGUACCGCCACCUGUAGUUGGGCCACCAGCGAUUGUGCCCUCAAACAUUACUAGCGUUUUGCUGCUUGAAAACGACGAGGGUUCAAGUUCCGACUGCAUGAUUAUCGAUGAUCCAUUAACACUGGCUGAAAAAAACGGUACAUCCAGUAACAGUAACAGCAGUGGUUUCAGUACUCCUUACACUGUCACCACAGCAACAAUUACUUCUACCCCAACAAUUCCUAUUCCUUUGCUGACAACGAGUUCAACCGGAAUGCCUCUCAUUCUUCCUCCGAAAGUUCGCAUGAACACCCGUAGUGGUGCCGGAAUACAACCAAACGCUACAAAGGAAAUGCUCCCGCGGAAAACUCCGGACAAAGACUCCGGCUUGGAUGAGGGCAAGCUUGAAUCGGAGGACGCUCCUACCCCAGCGAAGAGGCCCCGUGGACGACCAAAGAAAAUAAACCUGAUUCGAAAGGUCUUGGAAGAAGUUCGUAAGGAUUCGGGAGAACUACUUCCUUCGCUUCAGGCAGUACCCGAAUCGAAUGGUGGUAUGAGCUCCUCUGAACUACCACCCAUGGGAUCUCUUCCCAACGACAUUCGGGUUUCGCCCCGGAUAGUGCUGAAACCACUCACCCCGUCCCGGUUGGAGUGCAAAACCUCUCCCAUGCUGACAGAAGUUUCUCCUCACAUACCACCUCCAGCAAUGCCAGCAACAAAACCCUUAACCGAGGAUGCAUCAAGCUUGUUGCGCGAUCCGCUAAGUCUACCGGAGAUGAAGCCCGAGGAAUUGUUCGCUACUGUGGAACCAGUUACACCAAAACCCCGAGGGAGAGGCCGUGGUCGAGGUCGUGGCCGGGGGCGAAAUUCCGCAUUGGCCAGAGGGGCAAAAUCAGCACCAGCACCUAUUAUCAAUGAGGACGGUACUAUUAUGCCACCGCCGACGGAUUCUCCCAUGGCAACACCCGUUCGUCGAGGACGUGGUGGUGGCCGUGGUCGAGGUGGCGGCCGUGGUCGCGGUCGGGGUCGUGGUGUGGGACGUGGAGCAGGACGUGGAGUGGGACGUGGUCGCGGUAUGGGACGUGGCCGUGGACGUGGCAAUUGGCGUUCUAAGUCAGCCAGCCCGCAAAAAGCUUGCAGUCCAGUCAAAACUGUUCCUCAAGAUUUUAACGCCUUUAUGACACCGGACGACACGGACAUCCACCGACGAAAGCUUCAGCUGCAGGCGGCCUUCCCGGCGGUGGCUACCGGUGGCAGCAACAACACAUCCACCGUGUUGCAAAUGUUCGAAGAGGACACUCGAAUGAGCGGAGAUUUCAACUUUACCACACCGACGCGGCUGAUUAGCUCCGGCGGUGGACCGAACGAGGAGUCGCAGAGUUCCUUCUUGAGCAGUGCUAGCGUAACGCUAGACAACACUAGUGCUACACUGCAGACGAUUCUUUCUACUACCAUGAGCAGCGUGCGGAAGCCGAAAGCGAAAAUGGAAGUCGUAGAUAUCAAUGGUCAAACGGAAUUCUCGGUGGAAAUGAUUGCCGAGUACGAAUGGCCUCGUCCAACGGCUGCCAAUCCCCGUUGUCACGGCGAUGCCUUCAUGAUUCAAGAGCAGAUUGCUGAGUAUCUCGGGGUAAAGAGCUUCAAGCGAAAAUAUCCUGACCUGAUGCGAAGGCCGGUUGAUAUGGAGGAACGCAACUACAUCAUGGAGCAGGGCAUGGCUUCGGAAAAGAUGUGUGAUUUAGGGUUGACUGCCGUAUACGCUUCAGAAAUUCUAGAUAUCAUGAGCAACGACUAUCCGGAUAAGUACGAAGAGUAUAAACGAUAUCAGCGAGAAAAAUUAUAUCGUGAUCGACAGAAAUACCUGCGAACUGCGGCGGCUGCCAUUGCUGCAGAAGGCGUUGAUCGGAGCCAACUCCAGAAGGAACGAGCGAUUCGAUCGGCGUCCAACUGGAAUACCAUGAUGAACAAAGAGCGCAAAGAGUUGCGACAAUCGUGUAUGGAUCUUCAAACGUAUGUGGUGCAGGUGCCUCGAGGACAGCAAAAUUUACAGCUGGACAGGCCUGUUGAGCAGGCCGGCCACUAUCCAGUGGCCCUCGUUCCGGGACAAUUUUCGGAAUACUAUAGGACUUACACACCGGAAGAAUUAGCGUGCUACCCGAUCAAUACGGCACUUUUGGAGCCAUCCCAUUUGCAAGAAAUUCUGCGUUCGGAUCGGUACAAACAGCUUCUGGCGGAGAUGACAACGGAAAGUGAUAGUUACAGCAGCAGUAGCAGCAGUAGUGAUGAUUCUGACAGCGAUAGCGAUAGCAGCAGCGGAAGCUCCGAUUCUGACGAUGAUUCCAGCAGUGGUUCCGAAUCUUCCGAGGAUUCAGAUGUUCCAUUAAAGCGGACACCGCUCAGGAGGCCACCGCCGGUGAGCAGUAGGCUGCAAGGUUCGCUGCUCAAAGCACCAGUUGCUGCAACGACGACACCGGUGCCCAAACCGAAGGACAAGUGCAAACCGCAAUUGAAUCCGUACCUCUGUGCAGUCUGUCAGGGACCGCAGAACAAAAAUCAACUGAACAAACCGGAACGAUUUAUUCGGUGUUCGAUUUGCCGGCGAAGAGCCCACCCGUCCUGCAUUGAGAUGUCGGCCAAGAUGUUCAAACGUGCUCUCGAGUAUCCGUGGCAGUGCUCCGAGUGUAAAUCCUGCCAAAAGUGCCACCGCCGGCAGAACGCUUCACCAGCGACGGACGGAAACCGGAAGAUGGUAUUCUGCGAUCAGUGUGAUCGAGGUUUUCACCUGUCCUGCCUAGGGUUGCGCAAUGUACCCAACGAUCGAUGGCACUGCACGGUGUGCAUGAUAUGCAACCGCUGUGGAGCGAGAAGUCCGGAGGGACACCCUAAUCCGUACUUGACACUGCAGCAGCGGGAAAAUCUGGCAAUGGUUGCUAACUGGACGCAUGAGUAUGCCGUUAAUGAGCUGACACGAAUACGUGAGCACAUAGUAACGUUAUGUGUGCCUUGCGUGCGGUUACGGAAGCAGCAAGAAGACGAACAGCGGCAGCGGUUGCAAGCUCAGGAGCAGAAACAGCAGCCCCAAAUCAGCAACGGCAGCAGCGACAGUAGUGACCCUAGCAACAAUAGUAGUAACUCUGGUAGUGGGAAAGAUGCAACUAUCGGUUGUAGCGGUAGUGCAAGUAGCAGUAAAAACAACAUCAGCAGUGGCAAUAACAACAAUAACAAUAUAGUCGUAGGAACGACGACGACGAUGAAAGCACCGGUGAGGAUAACUAGUGCGCCAGCGAAAACGCCUUCUACAGCGGCAAAGGGAUGAGAGUAAUCAUGUUCUCGUUUUAGUUUUUAUUUUAAUAGUGAUCAUUCAAAUCGGUAAGAAUCUGAAGACUCGUUCUAGUUUUCCUUGUGGUGGGAAGUUCGGAAACAAUUCGUUUAGUGUAGAUUUUAAACCGAAUCAUUUUGUACAAAAAAUUAAACAUAGGUAAGACACACAGAUUCGUUACGUUGUUUAUAGUUUUCUUUGCCGUGUGCACAGCAAAAGCACUAUCUGAUCUACAGUCGAUUAUUUGGUUGCAAUGUGGAAUUUCAACUUCGGACGGUGCAUUUAGCGCGCUCCUGAAGCUAAGGUACUCAUAGAGCGUUGCAGCUUUGGGCAUACUGUAGGCAUUUCCAAUAUCAUGGUUACAAAGAUGGUGUUUUCUUUUUGAUGUAAAAUGACAGCGUUUUUCGUUGUGAUUUCUGGAUUGUGUUAAUCAUUCAAAAGAAAUAUUUACAUCAACACAACCAGAUGUUUGUUUAUUAUCGUAUCGGAUUUGCUAAUUUAUUAAUUAGAAACUGCGUUUUGUCCAGUUAUUGAAGUUUAGAAAGGUAAACAUUUUGCCCAGAGUACAGUAGUAUAUAUUUGAUAGUAUCAUUGCCAACCAAAUUUUGUUAAACACAGAGCACAGGCGAGCAUCUUUCACCUACCAACUGAUGAGUUCAAUGAUCACGUCGGGAGUAUUUUCCUAAGAAUAGAGAAUGGAGAAACUGAUGUACAGAACUUUACCCGUAGAAUAAGAAUUUAACUUUAGUUGUAGCGCCGGAGAGAAAUUUAUUGUCUAUGAAAAAUGUAGUGUCUAUGGGAAAAAAUCUCAUCGAAUCUGUUUUUGUGUCGAUAAAACCACGAUUUACGGAAGUAACAAUUGAUUUGCCAGCCACCUAUGUAUAGAGUCGUACAGUAACGAGCAACAAGUUAAUUUUUAAUUUGUAGUUAAUGCCGCUUUUCAGAAGAGUAUGUGCUGGUUUGAAAAUAGUAGCAUGUUUAAGAGAAAAAGUAUGUUUUUUUUCAUAUUUCAUGUAGGAAUGGGCGAACGUGUAGCCGGUCUAAUACAUAUUUUUAUUACUGUAAAAUUGCAAAGAAAAACAUUAUUCUACGGUAAGUAUAUAUUGUUAACACUGACAUGAUAAUGUAACAUAAACAAGAAUGUGCGCAUUGUAAAUAUACUAUCGCAAAGAAAAAUAAUACGCUAGGUUAUAAAUUAAAAUAUCCUACAAAAGAGCUAGUAAGCAUAAAAUGAAAGAAUACUACUUCUAACAAGUAUUAAACUUUUUUUUUUUCGGUGAGAGGCAGACUUUCGAACGCUACUUAGUGUAAACCAAUAAACUAUGAGAAUGAGGAAAGAAGGCGUAAGAAGAACGAGCGAACAAAGCAGCAUUUUUGUAGCAAAAAAUAGUCGUUAUUUUAGGAAACUUUUCUCUCUUUCGCUUGCUCGGGAUCCUAGGAGUUAUAAUUUUAUAAAUCAUAACCAACUCUGAUACAAGAUCUACAGGAUAAGCGGUAACACAAAAUCACACAUACACAAGACAACCAUAGCCUACUUAUCUAUUUAGGAGCAGCAGCGCAAUCUGGGAGGCAGAAGUGUUUUAUUUCAUAUUUCUUUCGGAUGUUCUCUUGAUAAAACAAUGGCGCAAGCGCAAACGCGAUCUAGACAGAUUUAACAAAGGAAUAACAUUAAUAAAGCAGUAGCUUGUAAUUUAUUAAAUUGACUAUACUUUUAACAAAUACAUUUUUAUAAAAUAUUA